AUGCUACUGCUACGUCGCCUGUUCGGCUCAACGAGGCCUGUACGAUUCACUCGCCCAUCUACACCACGUGCCUUCUUCACCACAACCACAACUACGCUUUCUCAAAAGCCACUUCCACCACGACCCACCAUCCUCGAGACCGACAUCACCGAAGCUUUCCUCAAAGGCACCGGUCCCGGUGGCCAAAAGAUCAACAAAACUUCUUCGGCAGUACAGCUGAAACACCUGCCCACUGGCCUCGUCAUAAAAUGCCAGGAGACCCGCUCGAGGACUCAGAAUCGCAAGAUUGCACGCCGCAUACUGGCCGAGAGGGUCGAGCUUUUGCUCGUCGGACAUCAGAGUCGCGCUGCUCUGAAAGCUGAGAGAGAAAAGAAGAAAAAGGCAAGCAAGAACAAAAAGGCCAGGAGAAAGUAUCGCAAGCUCGACCAUGGUAGCGAGGUCGAAAUCGAAGACGCCGAAACCAAUCAUGACCAGCACCAUGCGGAUGCCGACCAUGAGACAUGCGACAUCGAAGAAGCCAACACAGACAGCCUACGAACCCCCGCUCCAGACGCCGCAGAGUCGCACCAAAAGCCUUGA